AUGCCACACUUACAGUCGUUACAUUGCGAUGUUAAUUUGGAUCGAGCAUUGAACAAGUUAUGGGAGUUAGAGGAAGCUCCGCAAAAAACGUAUCUUACGCAUGAGGAGCGUUACUGUGAAGACCGUUUUGAAACAACGCAUCGAAGGGAACCUAACGGACGGUUUGUCGUCGAAUUGCCGCUGAAGCCCGAUGUAGCUCUGGGAGAGUCGCGAAACUUUGCUAUCCGGAAUUUGUUACGACUUGAAAGAAGACUCGCUUGUGACUCCGAUCUUCGUUUACGCUACAAUGAAUUCAUGAAUGAACUCAUUGACAUGAAACAUAUGCAGGUCACGUCAGAGACUAUGAAUCCAACGUAUUAUAUGCCUCAUCAUCCUGUUUUAAAGGAAAAUAGUACCACGACCAAAUUGAGGGUUGUAUUUAACGCGUCCGCAAAAUCGACUUCCGGGAAUUCGCUGAAUGACGCAUUAUUUAUAGGACCUCAAUUACAGGAAGAUUUAUACUCCAUCUUACUUCGCUUUAGAACACACCGCUAUGCUGUAACAGCAGAUGUCGCCAAAAUGUAUCGUCAAAUCUGCGUAUCCUUAAAACACGCCGAUUUACAACGCAUCGUAUGGCGUAGCCACCCAUCCCUGCCUAUCCAAGAUUUUCGCAUGGUUCGCGUGACGUACGGAGUGGCAGCUGCGUCUCAUCUAGCUGUCCGAUCACUUCAACAGACGGCAAGAGAUUCGUCGAAUGGUUGUGCUAGGGCUGUUAGUGUUAUUCUCAAGGAUUUUUACAUGGAUGAUCUACUUACUGGUGCAUCUAGUAAAGAAGAACUUCAAUUGUUGCAGCAAAAUAUUUCCGAAAUAUUGAGGGAAGGGGGGUUUGAACUUCGUAAGUGGGCAUCGAACUGCGCUGAACUAAUCGCAAGCAUUUCUAAUGCAUCUACGAACAUAUCACAUUAUAUUGUCGACGAUAAGGAUGUUCACGCUUUAGGUGUUAUCUGGAACACAGAAGGAGACUAUCUCACGUUUGCUAUUAACUUGAGGGAACCGCCAGUUAAGUUGACCAAGCGCAUGUUUCUAUCAGAUGCAAGUACGCUCUUCGAUCCUCUGGGCUUGCUUGCUCCCGCUACUAUAAAUUCAAAAAUUUGGUUUCAAGACAUAUGGCGCACUAAGGUAGGUUGGGAUGAUAUCAUUCCUGAGUCUAUCGCAACGAAGUGGUUGGAGCAUCGCAUAGAGCUCAAGCAAUUGGCAUAUUUGAAGGUGAACCGUUGGUUUGGCACUGAAGUAGCUGGGUCAUUUACGCAAUUGCACGUAUUCGCAGACGCGUCCGAGCGCGCUUACGCCGCCGUCUUGUAUGCACGAACAACACAAAGCGACGGUAGCAUUACUGUGUCAUUAAUUUCGUCGAAAACCAAGGUAGCUCCGCUUAAGCCGACAACGUUGCCACGUCUUGAAUUAUGCGCCGCUCAUCUUGCUGCUAAACUAGUGCGAAGCGUGCUGCACUGCUGGUCUGAACUCCGUUAUCCGUUUUUCGCUUGGACUGAUUCUACUAUAACAUUGGCAUGGUUACAAGCUCACCCCAGCAGAUGGGUGACAUUUAUAGCCAACCGCGUAGCUGAUAUUCAAGAAGUUUUGCCUCCCGAAUGUUGGAACCACGUUCGUUCUGAACAGAAUCCUGCAGAUUGUGCUUCAAGAGGUAUAACUCCCUCCGAAUUAUUACGUCAUCAAUUGUGGUGGGCUGGUCCUAUUUUCCUGAAAAGCACUGAACAAUUAUGGAAGCAGAAAAAAUCUAAAGAGCACACUACAGAGCUGGGCGUACGAAAUAGUAUUCGUGCCCAUGUGACUAAUUCUACAGAUUAUUGGUCCGUGAUGACAAAAUACUCAUCGUAUUCUAAGCUGCGUCGAGUUAUUUCCUACGUUUUACGCUUUUUGACUAACAUUCGGGCUAACAGACGGCUUAAUGUUAUAAAGCGUUUUGGUACACCGAGUUGCCAAGAGUUAUUUGAAGCUGAACUUCGCCUAAUAAGCGCUAAAAGAUCAAUCCCACUUCGCAGUAGUCUUUUGCGUCUGCAGCCCUUUCUGGAUGGGACUUGUGUUCUACGUGUUGGAGGAAGAAUAAAAAAUAAUGAAAUCGCUCCAGAUGUUAGGCAUCCCAUUAUCUUGCCUAAGAAUUGUCCGCUUGCUAAGUUAAUAAUCUGCGAAAUACACAAGGUCACUUUGCACGCUGGGCCCCGCAUUAUGCAAACUGUCUUGCAACGUCGUUAUUGGGUUAUCGGCGCUCGUAGCUUGAUCCGUAAUAUAUACCAUAAGUGCGUGAAAUGCACUUAUUUGAAUCGCAAUCUUACCACACAAGUCAUGGGUGAUCUACCUGUCAUUCGCACAACCUACGCCCGUUGUUUUACUCACACUGCUGUUGACUUCGCUGGACCUUACCUCUACAAAUUCACCCAAGGAAGAGGAGCUAAGGCUACCAAAGGCUACAUUUGUUCGUUCAUUUGUAUGUGCACUGGUGCGAUGCAUCUCGAAUUUGUUGGUGACCUGUCAACACCAGCUUUCCUAAAUGCGUUUAAAAGGUUCACAAAUCGUCGAGGAUUUUGUAAGGUCAUGGCAUCAGAUAACGGUACAAAUUUCGUUGGAGCCGAGAAGGAGUUGCGCAUUGCAUUUCAACAGUGCAUGGCUGAUAUUAAACUUCGCUCUUUCUUUGCGGACUCGAAUAUCGAAUGGCGAUUUAAUCCACCGGCUGCACCCCAUAUGGGAGGUUACUGGGAGACCGGAGUCAAACGUGUUAAGUAUCAUUUAAAACGCGUAUUAGGAGAAGUUCCACUAUCAUACGAAGAGUUCAACACACUUUUGACUGAAAUAGAAGCUUGCGUAAACUCUCGCCCACUCUGUGACAACUCUGAAGCUGCUGGUGACUUAGAAGUUUUAACUCCCGGACAUUUCAUAGUCGGUGAACCGCUUAAGUCAAUACCGGAACCUGAGGGUCAAGGGUUUCGUGGAAAUCUUCGACAGCGAUGGCAAGCAAUUUCUGCCAUGAGACAACAUUUCUGGCGUCGUUGGAGAGACGAGUACGUCGUGAGCUUACAACGUCGCACUAAAUGGUUUCGUUCUUCACGCAACAUUGAAGAAGGGGAUGUGGUUGCUGUAUUCAACGAGCCUAAUCCUCCGACGAAGUGGACGAUUGCACGAGUGAUCAAAUGCCAUCAUGGUACCGAUGGACGCGUAAGAGUAGUUACGUUGAAAACACCGCAUGGCGAAUUGGUUCGCCCUAUAGUCAAACUUUGCCUUUUGCCAACGAAAGGAGAUUUAUUUCAUGAAGAAACUAAUAACUUAUCGUAA